AUGGCUUCAACUCGACCAAUAUUCCACCCCUUCCGCUUCAGCCUGGGCAUCUCAGUCCCACUGCUCCUCGAUCUGGCCUACCACGAAGGCUACCUCGUGCCAUCCACAAUCCCCAAUCUCUACGCCGAAUCACAGUGGAAAGAGCUCAUCAAACCUAAGGGCAUUCCUUUCCACAGCCCUCCUUCUUUAACCUUCACCCGAUAUCGCACCGAGAAUCCCUUGCACGCCCAAUAUAUAUAUGCAAAGAAGUCCUUCUGGAGAUAUAACCUGGUUUGGGCAUAUCUUGGAGCGUCCACGACAGUUCUGCAGUUGUACUACAUCAUCAGUUCGCUAAGGGCCAGGCGGGUUGGUCGUGCCAUAGCAGCGGCCAGUGUUAUGGGCUUGACAUGGUCCGCUAUAUUGGUGGAAGGCAACACCAGGAAGAUGUACCUUGAUAAGAUGCAGGAGAAGGUGUUGAAGGAGGAAGAAGCCGUUACUGGCUGA